AUGCCACAUGUGCAGGUCAUCAACGAGACGCAGCUACCCCUGCACAUAUCGCUUCGGCAGAUCUCGCCACUGCAUUACCAGAAUAGCGUGCUUCCUGGCGACACGGCUGAUUUCCAUUGUGGUCGGGUAUGGUUCACCAUCGAAGCGCGGAUAGAUAGGGGAGGAGACAAUGAUGGUAGUUACAGCAAGUUUGAGACUUUUGCCGCUCCUGUCGCCGUGACGUUGACGGUGCUAAGUCUGGGUGCUGGCGCGGUGUACGUGGCGGCAGCAGGAGGAGCAACUGCUGCAUUUGCCAGCGUAAGCGCAAGGGUGGGAGCUGCUGCCGCUUCCCACGCUCCCACUGCCAGAAGACUGUACAAGUACGCCAGGAAAGGUCAGCGCGUGGUGCAGAUAGGUCAGGUCUUGGGCAUCGGCGGUGGCGCGAUCGCCGGAAAGAGGCUGGCAGAAAAGGAGACUCCUUCAGCAGGGCAGGAAGGCCGACAGCAGCCUCACACGGGCGUAUCGAGCAAAGUGCAGGAUGACGGAGAACACAAAAGUCAAGGGCUGCUGGGAGGACUGCUGGACUGGGACGAGAAGAAACGAGUCAAGGAAGCUAAAAAGGUCCUCAAGGGCCUGCUCGAGGGAAGCGUCGUCAGGUGAGCUCAGAGGAGACGUGCUCGGGAUCACUUGGCAUCGAAGCGCACUGAUACGCUGCAUUGUGCUCCCGCAGCUCUGCGGGCUGGUACAUGGGCGGCGAUCGAGUAAUCCGCAUCAAAGGCGGUCCUCGUGCAACCCAGUUAGAAGACAUCUUGGUCAUUGAAACCGACACGCUCGAGGAUUUUGUCGUGGCAGGCGAUGAGCCACCCGCAUCCUCCGUCCACGAAGAGAAUGGCCUGACUCAGUCCAAGGGAUGGUUCGGAUCGUUCCGCAAGCAGAAGCAGGACAAAGGAGUGGAAGGGGCCGCAGGUGCAGAGAAGUCAGCUUGCAGUAUGACGCAGCAGGAUACCAAAGAUGCUGUCGCGUCACAAAGCGAUCAGAGGGCGGGCGUGGAGACUGAGCCACAGCUUGUGGAGGCUAUGGAGGCCACUUCUCUACAGUCGCCGUCGAGUUCUCAUGCGCCUUCUUCGACCAGCAGUCGAGCCAGCGCUGAAUCUUUGUUCGCCAGAGUGAAGCGUUCUAGAGCCGAGCGAGCUGACCGCAUAGCCACGCUGGCAGCGAAACCUGCGGCAGGAGGACCCAAACAGGAAUUGCAGAGGAGCAGCAAAACGACUGCAGAUGCGGAAAAGGAAGCCGAAGAGAGUGCUGAUGAGGUGGUGGGUGAGGACUUUGCGCCAGCUCGAGUUGUGCCCAGUCCGCUGCCACCGCCUGACGACGACGAGAGCAAUCCGCCAACGACGGAGCGAGUCUUGAAAGAGAUGGGAUUUACUGAAGAGCAAGUGCAGCGUGCCAUCAAAGCGACUGGCCGGCCUGAGGAUGCCGGACUAGCGGAGAAAGAAGCAGACGCUGCGCGAAAAGGAGAUGCGGAUGGAGCAGAGCGGGCCAAGGUGGAAAGAGAAGCUGCUACAGAAGCUGCACUGCUGUGGCUCUUUGAGAAUGCGGACAGGCAAGUGCCUUACGUGGAAGAAGGCAAAGCUGCUAUGGGGCAGCUUGCACCCUCUGUCGCCAGUGGUAGUAGACCUACAACAGCAGGAUCUGCGCAUCCAAGCAUCUCUGCACCAGUGCGAGAUGUAGCGACGCCUCCGUCGGAAGCGGUGACCACGCCUUCGCUCGGCAUUGCGCGAACAGACCAGCCUGAAACCACACCUGGAUCGAGUUCAGCAGCGACGAGCGCCACGUCCAAGUCCAAGCCCCAGGUGGUGGGAGCGGACGCAGUCACCACGCCGCACUGGACCACAAAGAUGACCAAGCUGGCGGAGAGCUCUGGCGCUUCAAAGCUGAUCAGAGAAGGUGCGGACAUCUUGACAAAGAAGAGCCAUCAGUGGCUUGCUGCCGAAGAUUCGGCUAAAACAACCGCGAAUGCUAUCGAAGUUGCCAAGCCUCCUGCAAAGAGCUCAACGACAACAUCAGCCAAGAAGUAG